AUGACGGGUAAUCAUAAGAAGAUUGGGGUUAUGUAUGUUUUGUUUGGUGUGUGGGCUGGUGUGUUGGGGUUGUCCUUAUCUGUUGUAAUUCGUCUUCUUCUUUCUUCUCCUUGGUCUGUUAGUUGGUGUUUGUAUGUGGGUCAGUAUUAUAAUGUGGUGAUUACUGCUCAUGGGGUGAUUAUGAUUUUUUAUAUGAUAAUACCUAUUAUGAUGGGUGGUAUGGGGAAUCUUAUGGUGCCUGUGAUGCUUGGGUUGCCUGAUAUGGCUUUUCCUCGACUUAAUAAUUUGGGGUUCUGGUUGCUGCCUCCUUCGUUUCUGUUGUUCUUGGCCUCUAUGUUGUUCUCUGGAGGGGUUGAUUUGGUUAUCUUCUCUUUGCAUCUGGCAGGUGUUUCUUCUCUGUUGGGGAGGAUUAAUUUUAUUAGGACUAGCCUAAGUGCUAGUAGGUCCUUGACUGUUCUUGAGUUGCUCCCUCUAUUUGUGUGA